AUGGAAAACCUGUGGACGCUCCACCAACUGCCAACAGCGGUCACGGCCAAAGUGGUGGCCCUAAAAACCACGACAAAAUACUCACAAUGGGCCCUGAAAGAGGAUGGCACGGUGGCGGCUGGGGCCUCCUACUGUAAUACAGUGGUGGCCCUCUGUGAUGGGCACCAUUUGUGCAAAUUUAUCCUAUUUCAAAAUUUAGCCACCGAUGUCUCCGUUGGAGGGACGUUCCGAUUUAUUAAUUUUGGCCGGGGAAAAGAAAAAGGGGUCCUCCUCUCCCGGCACAACACUGCUAUUUAUGUGGCUGGGGCGAUCGAGGUGACACCAGAUUUGGAGGUGAGGGGCACAGCUCUGCUGUAUCCUCCAAGCAUUGCCAGAGAGUUGAAGGACAUCCGCCAUGAGGAGGGUGUCCUUUUCACAACAGACGGCAUUGUCUCUGCUAUCCGCCCCAUGAGGAUGGUGAUCUCGCGUGGGUCGAUGGUCCCCUUAGGCAUCAUUUAUUUAAAAAAAGAUCAAAUGCAAAUAAAGGUGGUCAGGUGGCGAGAGACCAACAUUUUUAAUCUCGCAGUUGGACAGCGGGUGUCUCUAUCCCACCUGAAAACCUCAUGUUCCGGUGGCCUGGAGCUCCACUCCACGGAAAAUACCGAGAUAAAGGAACUGGCAGAAGAGGUGUUUCGCGUGAUAGCCUACAAAAUAAAAAGCGAACACGUGGAGCUCGUCGACGCUACCAACGCCAUCAAAAAGGUUCCACUGAUAACGUGGAAGGAAAGAUUCCCCGAAGGCCCUAAUCUUACCCCAGAGGGGUUUUUGUGGUAA